AUUGUCAUUGACUGUGAUUUCGAGAGCUAUCACGUCGAAAAGGAUUUGAAAAAGUUGGCCAAACAAUUGCGAGCCUGUUACGCCGCGAAUCGGCACCGCCCGCACCCUUGCCAGCUGCACCUGACCUCAAUUGAUGGUACGCGGCGAUCAUUCAUCAGAGCCAGCGCGCAACGCGCACCGCUUGUGCAUCAUACACCCCAAGUCUACAACGAGCGGUUCUCUCCGGAGACGCUCGUCUAUCUCACCAGUGAUAGCCCCAACGUUCUUUCUGAUUUGGAUGAAACCAAGCAAUAUGUCAUUGGCGGAUUGGUCGAUCACAACAGCUACAAGGGUCUCACUUUGAAGCUUGCCAAUGAGCGAGGCAUUGCUCAUGCCCGUCUCCCCAUCUCCGAGUAUGUGUCGAUGGCUAGUCGACAAGUCUUGACAGUCAAUCACGUGUUUGAGAUUCUGGUGGAGUAUCUGGAUCACCGCGACUGGAAGAAGGCAUUCUUCUCCGUCAUCCCCGCCCGCAAGGUCAGUGUA